GGCAUAACGCUACUGUCUCCGGCAUGAGAGGCGCGUCGAGGUGAUAAUCUGACCGAAGUUUGAAGAAGCUCGCUCUUAUUCACUGUCUUUGGGAGAUUCGCUCGAGCAGGACAAAACAAGAAGGCAAUGCAGACAGGAGCUGAUGUUUAUCGCAUGGAUCUACUGGACAGCACAUAACCUGUGACGACAUCAUCUCCCACAAAUCCCGGGAGACUCUUUCUUCAAUAUGGAUUAAAGUCUACAGCAAGGAAACUAGAGCUUAAACAGCUGGGAUUUUUCCAGUGUUCCUGACAUCAUCUGCAGGAAAUGAGACAUAGGCAUCUGUCUUUUCUCUCUACAUGGACAAAAAGCCAAGGAAAGUGUACUAAGAGCUGACCGACAGGAUUAAUUUUACUUACAGAACUGCCCCUAUAUCUCUAAACCCAAAGAAGAGCCUGAUGGUGUGUCAUGAUAUGGACUAAUUGUACUCAGUAAGAGCGCCCAGCGGUAGCACUUUGGCUCCAGAUGAAACUGAUGUUUUUCUGCAUAAUUUUUAGUCAGUCUGGAGCUGUUAGCCCUCCCGCACUGUGUGUUGUAGCAUGUGGCUUGGGGCUCAACAUCCACAGCAUCUUAAUUACAUAGCCGAACCGAUUUAGACCACGGAGGAAACAUCUCUACAUCUGGAGAUACGCUGCCAUUUUUUAGGGGGAUGCACAGAGACAUCUGAUCUGCUUUCCUCACGUUUUUGGUUCUCUUUACCUAUGCGAUUUCCUAAAAGAAGCCCAAGAGAUCCCGCUCUCUUUCAUACGUGCACCUAGUAAGUUUUUUUGAGUGUAAUGUCUGUAAGCUUUCUAGUGCUUCUCUUUCUCUCCUCCACUGACAUCCCAUUCACACAUCCCACCAUAAUGAAGCCUUUAAUGAAUGAUGCACAGGUUCAAAUUAGCCUGGUUCAGUGACUAUCCAGGGCCACUGGUCUCUGCAGACGCAGUGACCUUUGGAGAGGGCCAGACUGCUGCUCUGUGACCAAACACCUUCACACACACACACACACACACACACACGUACGUCUACCCUUGAGCCCCUGGCAGCAAAUAGUGAAUGGUAAAUGUCAGCGCUCUGGCCAUUGAAUUAUACGAUUUAUUUGAAUAAGUGUAAGAGCGGAUCAGAUGAGCAACACAAGCUCCACCAGCAGCUUGCCUCCGUCCACACAUCAGCCUUCAGCAAGCUGGGAAUUUUCUCUUUGAUUAGUGGGAUUAUUUUGUCUUUUAUCUUGCGCUUGCUCUGUUACUGUCUCUCUUUUCCUGUUCCUUGCAGCGGCAGCCACGAGAGUCGCACCGACACAUUUGGCAGGACUACAGAGCAGCGUUCCACGUAGAUAAAUUAGUUUAUUUCGUGUCGGGGUUACACAUUCUUGCCAUAUAUUUUUACAACUGCGCAGCUCGUGGAACACGACAGGAAAGACUUAAAAGGGCCUGAUGCACCUUUUAAGAGCAGCAACAAAAAUGAAUAAAUCAUCAAGAGGGAGUGAGGGCUAGUUCUUCACAGACAGCGCUGAAGGAAACGUUCUUCUCCCCCACCAGCAAGAGAGGUCUCUGGCAGAUUGACAGUUGCAGCCUCUCCUGCUCUCUAGCCUGGUGGAUUGUUGAUGCAUUUGCCUUGAGUUUUGCGUUCCUCAGCCCUCCCCUCCGUGCCUGUGUCAUGCUCUGUUGCCGGCGUGCCGUCCUGGAGCCAUGCCCAUCCCCGAGAUGGCUUUGAGCCCGGUGAAGUCUCUGUACUGGGAGGUGUUCCCCUCCAUGGCCACGGAGCGGGUGUACUGCACGCCUGUGCUCUGGGCCGGACGCCUCUAUGUGCUGGGGGGCUGCAGCGAAAACGGCCUCCCUCUGGACUCAGCAGAGGUGCUGGAUCUGGAGAGCCAGCACUGGUGCGAGCUGCCCCCUCUGCCCACCGCUCGGGCCGGGGCCUCUGCCGUGGCCAUCGGAGACCAGCUGAUGGUCAUGGGAGGCAUGGAUGCACAGCAGAGCCCGCUGGCCUCGGUGGAAGUGUAUCACCCUGAUGAGGGCAAGUGGGAGAGGAAGACGGGACUGGGGCAAGCCUCCAUGGGGAUCACCACGCUGGAGAAAGAUGGCAAGGUGUAUGCAUUGGGCGGGAUGGGAGCCGACACAACCCCUCAGGCCUCAGUGAGACUGUACGAGCCGACAAAAGACCAGUGGCUGCCCCUCACCUCCAUGCCCACCCCACGCUACGGAGCCUUCUCCUUCCUGCGCGGUAACAAGAUCUAUGUUCUGGGUGGGCGUCAGGGCAAGCUGCCAGUGACCGCAUUCGAGGCCUUCGACCUUGAGAUGAAGAGCUGGACGCGGUACCCGUGCAUCCCCAGCCGCAGAGCGUUCUCCUCAUGCGCUGCCAGCGACAGGGCGUUUUUCAGCCUGGGGGGUCUUCAGCAGCCUGGACCCCACAACUUUUACUCCAGACCUCACUUCGUCUCCACUGUAGAGGAAUUUGAUUGUGAGCAGGGUGUGUGGUUGAAGGCCACGCGGAGCUGUCGCAUGAGAGAGAAGCGGGCGGACUUCGUAGCUGGCUGUCUCGGUGGACGGGUCAUCGCUGCGGGGGGACUCGGUAACCAGCCAUCCCCGCUGGCAUCAGUGGAGAGUUAUAACCAGCUGAAGAGGAGAUGGGAACCCGUGGCCCCGUUACCCAGCCCUCGCUGCUCCUGUGCCUCCAUUCAGACCCCCAACAUGCUGUUCCUCAUCGGAGGGGUGUCCCAGGGUCCCAGCAACGCCGUGGAAGCCCUCUGCUUGAAAGAGACCGUCUGACACACACAUACACACACUAAUGAACAACUACACAAAUCCUCACAUGCUGUACUUUCCAGAGUGCAAGCUCUGCAAACACACACGCGCAUACUGACGUCAAGCUGACGUGUGUGUCUCUGACAAAUAUUCACAGACUUUCCCCUCAGAGGACGCAUCAGCUUUAUACUUUGAAUAGUGGAGACAAUCUACUGGAGCUUGGACAGCGUUCCACACCUCUGGACAGAAGAGUUUUGGACUGGAGAUCUAAGACAAGCAAAAAAUACUUAAAUAUAUCAUUCCUCUAACUAUAUUAAAUAUAGUAAAUAUAUUUAUUAAUAUAUAUAUAUAUAUCAUUAUAAUUAUAUUAAUAUAUAUAGAUAGAUGUGCAGACCUACACGGACAGACAAACGCAGCACUCCAGGCGCCUUUGAACUGUACAGCAUUUUUCAGUAUCAAAGCAGGGUAAUUUUCUGGCAAACUAAAGAGGAACUUAGGGCCAUAUCCACCACGCUGCCUCAGCACCCGUCUGAGGUAGCAUGUUUAGCACUUUUUGUAUUAUUGACAAACAGAGGAUCUUCUGCGCGAGACUUCAGAAAUGGGAGUCGGAUGCGAGUGCGUGUGUGUUUUUGUACCUUCACAGCCAUGCACGUGUGAAAUUGAGCAUUGUCAUGCGUGGAAAGAGCAACUCUCAUAACGGCAAAUCACUGAUGCCUCACUGUAGCAUGAGACAAGGGAGAUGGAGGAGAACGUGGUUGAUCUAGCCGGUUAAUUAAAGGAAUGUUCUGGGUUCAAAACAGGUUUAGCAUAAAAGUAUCUGUGAUAUACUGUCGAUUAGCGCAGAUGAUCAUUUUAAAAACAAUAUCCCUAAAAACAAGCAAAAAAUGUGUUUACAGUAAUGCUCUUGCAAUGGACAUUUAAGGGGCAAGGCAUGUAUUUUUAUUAAACUGGUUUUUAUUAAUUAAUCUACAAAAAUCUUUAAAAAAAAUUUAACAUCAAGACAAAAGAAGUCCCUUGAGCUUAGCAAGAUUGCAUUUCUUUGAUCAAAUGUUAAGUUAAAUGGUUAUAUAGUGAUUUUUUUAAACUAUUUAAAAUAAUUGUUUUGUAUUUGAAUAUAUAUAAAAUGUAAUUUCAGUGUUACGUGAUUCUUCAGAAAUCAUGCUGAUUUGCUGCUCAAGAAAAAUUUCUUAUUAUUUUUAAUGUUGAAAACAGUUGCACUGCUUAAUAUUUUUGUGGAAAACAUGAUACAUUUUUUUCAGGAUCCUUUUAUGAAUAGAAAGUUUAAAAAAACAGCUUUGGUAACAUUAUAAAUGUCUUUACUGUCACUUUUUUUAUCAAUUUAAUUCAUCCUUGGUGAAUAAAAGUAUUAUUUAAAAAAUAACACUGACCCCAAACCCAAAAAUAAAUAUAAACAAUUUUGUAUUUGUAUUUUUAAGAGUAUUUUUUCAGGUAAAAUGACUUAUUAUUUUAAAGAGUCCUUAUCUCAACUUCACUGGUCAAUAAGUGUGAAAACCCUGCCAUAGUUUAUGGAUGUCAUCAUAACCCAUAAUCAAAAAACACAUUUAUGGGUCAGUCACCUGCUUUAAAUGGUUAUGUUAGAAGUUGAAAUAUUCAAUAAUCUCAUGUUAGCAUGAAUAUAGUUCAUUUUUGUGGUUACAUGUUCAAAAAAAGAAAAAAAUUAGAUGUUGAUCAUAUAGUAUAAUGCCCUGCCCUACAGACUGACCACUGUAAGUCCAUUACUGUAAAUAUAUAGGCUACCGUAUUUGUUUUUAUUUCCCGAUGAACCAGUCGAAAAAUAUUUUCUGUGGUAAUAGAGCUUGUAUAGAAUCCAGAACAUUCCUUUAAUACUAAUGAAGUUUGGACAAAGUCUUACAAAGUGUGUUUUUCUUUUGGAGUGUGCUGUUUGAGGAAAACCUCGACACUAAAUUAUUAUACAAUACAAUUUUAUAAAUUCUUAAUAAAUCAACUGAGCAAAUUUCCAAGAUCGCUCAGCACAUCAAACACAGAAAAUGUGUUCACAGCUCGAGUUCACAAUCACAUUCAUAUUUAAUCAGAAGUUGUUUCUUCAGGGUUUGAGCUAAUUAAAUCUAGUCAAUGCAGUUGCGAUUCACGACUCACGUUAACUGUUUCUGAGUGACCCAUUUACAGGGCGAGAGAUGAAUGCUCUCAGUGGACGUGGAGGAGGACAGAGGGCUCACUUCCUGUAAUUUUUGAUAAGAUGAAACCCUUGACGUAAACCUCAUUUUGCCUCAUUUUCACUUCACCAGUUCCCUGUGAGGGUCUUGUAUUAGCCCCACUGAUGAUUUGACAAGGGUAUCAGGUCACUGAGCUCAUUUAGCAUGCUGAAAACAGAACUCAUGCAUGUCAGGAAUUCACAAUGCUUACUGACAGGUUUGAAUGCACUAAAUUCAGGUGCAUCUUUGCUGUGAGAGGUCAGAAUGGGUUUGAUUUAUCUGGUCUGCGUGUGUUUGUAUAAAUAUGUGCACCCACACACCGAUUAUCAUCACGUUCUGGUCUCAGACGGUUUGCUGACCUGUUGUUAUUCGGCGAUAAGGUGGCCGAGGGCAUAAUAAGACGUUCAUACAUAUUCAUACUGAUCGUUGUUUGAGUGCAAAUGGCUGUUUGUAUGUUUUUGGUUGGGAUGGUGAGGAUUGAAUGUGAGUUUGGUUCCAACAUUAAAAUGCCUCUUAGAAACAUUAGAAUCAAAGGAACAACAAAUACAAUCCACAUACUUGUUUUAUAUUUAUGCCUCCCCCAUGACUGUGAUGCUGUGCUGGCAGAUGGCGAUCAUGUGCAUCAUUUUAAAGUGGAAAUAGACAUAUUUCUGUCUGUAUGAAGCUAUGAAACCCAUCCUACUCAUAGACAGCAGUUAAUUUUUGGUCUCAUUAAUGUAGGUUCUGCUGCAGGCUAACUGAAAUAGCGAGUUCAUUUUCACUUUGCUUCUUGUGAGGUUAAAUGUCACAGAGGUUCAAAUUUGAAACACCCUCCAGCACCGCAUGAGACGAUAACGUGUGAAUUGAUGAUCUGAGGGAAAGAGAUAAUGCCGAGAGAAAUAUACCUCUAUUUUUUGUUGUCUACGAUUUCUGCAACAAGACACAUGACUCAUCUUGGCAGAGUAUUUUUCGCUUUUACUCGAGUCUCAUUUCUGCUGCCUCUACGAAAUGGAAACGCUGAACUACUUUACUCUCAUAAAAAAAAAAACAUGUCUCAAGAUGUUAAACAGGCUGUUUUCUGAAUUCAUUUGACCACGAUCUGAGCGCUGGCGAAUGUGGGUGAAGUGAGCUCAUACUUUCAUAUCUAGAGGUGCGAAAUGUUUUACUCAAUUUGUUUAUUUCAAAGGUGUCAUUCAGACCUCUCCACAGUGCUUUAAAUUACUUUAGGGAGUUCAAAUUGUUGGACUCCAGGCUUUUUUUUAUUAUGUAAACAUGUUCAAAUGCAUUUCGUCUUUUACCUUUAUUUGUAUGUAAAUCACUUUGGAGUAAACGUAGUGUAUGAUCACCUAAACUCUUAAGUAGCAGUUGUUUUGCAGUGAUUUUUCAUGUUUCUCCAUGUUCUAAAUAUUCUCUGUGGUGGGUUGUUGAACUAAAUGCAGUUUCUCCAGUGUUUCGUGGGUUAACCUGUUUGUUUUGUUGCUUUGUGAGGUGACAGGUUGUCAUGUUGACCCGUAAUUUGAGGAGCUGUUGAGAUGGUCUGUUGUUUUUUUAUGAUGUUGUGCCGUCAUGUAGUGGUGUACUAGUGGUAGCUGAUGGCCUCUGACAGUCUUCAACACGCAGUGCCGAUACUCUGGGCGCAUUUCAGUUUCUGACUCAUAAUUUCCAUAAGAAAAUCAAUCAAAAUCCACAUUAUCUCACUGCAUAAUCUCUAAUCUAGACAGAUAAGUCUUGGUUUUAGCCCUGAGCAGAAAAUGCAAUUUUAGUUCAUGUUUUUCCACAUCUGAAAUAUUGCCAUGGAGGAUUGUUUCACACUGAGGUAGAUGAGCAGAGACACACGGUCGGCCCAGGGGAACUCACAAUGUCCCAUGAGAUUACACUGCACCCAUCCACACAGCGAAAGCUGUUAUACCCUCUAGCGUACUGUUGUCGACCACGCACUGAAUCAGCCUCUGUUGUUACACUUUGAAAAACAGGUAACUGUUAUCCACGUUUAUUCUGUGAAGAACUAUGGGACUAUAGAAUUGAUGUUGUAUGAGCACUGUAGACAUGAACCUGUGUGAGGUGGGACAUUUAUUCAUAACUAGGCUAUUGAUGGCUGUUGAUUGAAGCUUUGUGUAAAAUGUUUAUGAUAACAUUUGAAAGAAAUUUAAUUUGCCUGUCUUAAAGGGAUAGUUCACCCAUUGAAUUCUGGCAUCAUUUAGGCUACUCACCCUCACAUCAUUCUAAAUCUGUAUGACUGACAAAAGAAUCCCUACAGAUUUGGAACGAUAUGAGGGUGAGUAAUGAUGACAGGAUUUAAAUUUUUUGAGUGAACUAUCUCCUUAAAGGUGCUGUAAGUGCUCGCCUUUCACUAUUUUGCUUAUUUUCAACCACAAGUUGUCUUUAAAAAAAAUCCACAGUUCAAAGACACUAACGAUUGACAGAUAGAGAGUCAAUCCUGAAUGUUUAAUUGUGUUUAUGUUUACAGAUUCUAGCGCUGUCACAGAGACAGGUGUGAUUUCUCAGGACACCUAUUUCAGUGAUAUCUGUCAGAUUAGAGUUACAUUUAUGUGUAAUAUUCCCAGAUUCCCAACUGCUUACAGCACCUUUAAUAAUGUCGUCAGGAUGAAGAGUAGUUAGAAAGCAAUAUAUAAACUGCACAGAAUAUCAGUGAAAUCUCUGGCACCGAUUAAAUCCCCCAUUGUAUGUUAUAGCAGAGAUUCGAGCUGCAUAUCACAUAGAGAACUUCACUUGAAACUUAUAGAUGGGUUAACAUGGUCUGGAUUUAAAUCCGAAUUGUGUUGAACCGUGUUGACACACAAUUGUGAGUCCAGUUCUGUAGUUCAGUGCCUAUAUAUGUGAGGUAGUGCCUCUACUGCGAUUUCUGUAAUA